GGCGAGUUAUGACUCUGAGGAGGUUGUGUGCAGUGUUCCAGUGACCAUGGGAGAGAGCUCAAGGAGGGACCGGUCUGCGUCUCCUAGCAGGAGGCAAAAGGAGCGGGAUAAUGAGCAUCGAUCAUCUCACAAACAUUCGUCGCGUGACAAAACUCAUCGGCAUCGGUAUUCUGAUGAAGAGAACGACGAUAGAAGACGAAAACAUAGAAGAGACAAGGAUCGCGAUGAGACCGAAGAGGAGCGUAAGGAGAGAAAGAGGCUGAAGAAGGAGAAGAGAAGAGAAAGCAGGAAGCACGAAGAGCUUGAUGUCGUGGAUGACGAUGAUGAUGGGGAUAUGUGGGUCGAGAAAAGUGUCGAUGGAGCGGUCGCCGUGUCAAACAUACCUACAUCUGAAGCUCUGGGCAAUCGAUCACAAGCUGUCCAUGCCGAAGUUCCACCUCCACCAUCGACAUCAGCAAGUGCAGAGACGAGACAACGUGAAGCAUGGAUGCUAGAUCCUGGUCCGAUGGCGACGUCAGCGACCAUCCCGAAGGUCACGAGAGAUAUUCCUCAGAGCGCUGGGUCCUCGGCUUGGAGUGGCGGGUCGGCAAUCGCCCAUGAGAACGAAUCAAUGAUCCCUGCUGGAGAUGGCGACUUCUUUUCGUCACUGGGGACGGAGCAUAAGCGGAAAGGUGCUCAGGACGAUAAGCCUGACCCUGGAGCUCUUCAGAUUGACCGGAGGGAGCUCAACUUACAGCUCAAAGAGGGCAAGUCAUUGGACGAGUACGAAGCUCCUGAGAAGAAAAAAGUCACGCCUGGGGGACCGGGUCAUCAAUGGCGAAUGAUGAAGCUGAAGCGGCUGUACGAACAAGCGGAAGAGCAGGGCCGAGAUAUCGAAGACGUCGCUAUGGAACGGUACGGAUCCAUCGAAGACUUCAACGAGGCGCUGGAAGAGCGUCGGAUACUAGACGAAAGGGAUAAGCGGCGCGAGUCACGUCGUGGUGGUGAAAUGGCAGGGACUUCUACACCCGGAUCAUCAGGCAUGCGGACGCCAGACGUUGGCGGAAACAAAAGAUUCAUGUUCAUGUCGGAAGAAGGGGCGAGUCGUCCGGGCUCGAGAGCCGGAUUCAGGCGACCUGGUGAAUCUGAAGAUACGGCGACACCUUCUGGAUCCGGAACACGAGUGGCCGAACUGCGAAGGAGUGAAAGUGGGACUCCUAGGACGGUCCACAGUGCUCUGCCAAAUUCCAAUAAUCCCGCCAAAAUCUCCACGCCUAUCCCUAAUGUCUUUACACCCACUUCACUUACUCGACAGUCGUCCGGGUACCCGUUCUCCGAUCCAAGCCGGAACGAUCAAGUGUCUGGCGAUUCGACAAGCUCUCAGCCGCCCAUGUCUACGGAGGCUCUGAAUAAGCUGCAAGCGAAAGUCAUUCGUGCGAGAUUGAUGGAUGACCCAAAAGCACAGCAGCUGGAGGAAGAGUAUGAGAGGGAGAUGAUUCGGUCUGAGCGUGCUGGAGGGGACCAGGGAGGUGCAGGGUUAUGGGCAGGGGCAAGUGGUGGCAUUCAAGGUCAAAUGGGAAGAGAGGCGGAUGAGACUGGACGACGGACGGAAAUCCAAGUCCUGCCUACAUUGGACGGCCGAGGACAGUUGUACGAUGUGGGAACGGGUAAGCAGGACGAGGCUGUUCAGCGAGCGGGAAACAGGCGGAAGAAGCCGGAAAAGUUUGAGACGAGGGACCGGCAAGGGAAUAUCAUACGUUAUAAUGCGGACGAUGACGAACAGACAUUGGGCGAAUUGGUCCGACAGGAACGAUUUGGAGCUGGAGCAGGAGAUCAGAAAGAUAUAGAUGCGGAGAUGGCUUCUGCGAUCACGCGUGAUGCGAAAUUUGAUGACGAUCUCGAUUAUAUGGACGACAAUGCGGAGCGGCUUGCGCAAAGAAAGCGGAAAACUGACGCUAUGAAGAGGGCAUUUGCGAUCAAUGACUUUGCGCGCACGAAAAAGGCCUUGGACACAUGCCCAUUCUGCUAUCAAGAUGACCGGCCACCUCAGAUUGCGAUGGUCGCAUUAGGCACCCGGACAUACAUGUGUUGCACUCAAUUCGAGGAGCUCGUGCCAGGGCACUGCUUGAUUGUACCUCUGCAGCACCAUCUCAGUUCGUUGGAGAUGGAGGAUGAUGAUUGGGAAGAAAUCAGGAAUUUCAUGAAAUGCCUGAUGCAGAUGCAUGCCAAGGACAACAAGGGCGUCAUCUUCUUUGAGACCAUUCUCAGCUUCAAGCAACAGCGUCAUACCUUUAUUGAGGCAAUCCCGGUACCUUUUGCUCAGUUUCAAGACCUCCCAGCGUACUUUAGGGAAUCGAUCCUCGCAUCAGAGAGCGAAUGGACACAACACAAGAAGCUCAUCGACUUCUCGUCAAGACCUGGCGGAUUCAGACGUAUGCUCGUCCCCAACUUGCCUUACUUCAUGGUCCAUUGGGACUACAAGGGUGAAAAGGGUUACGGGCACGUCAUUGAAGGAGUGGAUGAUGAUUCUGGUCGAGGUGGCGGGGAAGAAGACAUGGGAGGGGCAGUAUACGAGGGUGAAAAGGGUGGAUCGGAAUUUCCAAAAUACUUUGCUGCUGAGAUUGUCGGUAAUCUGCUAGGUCUGGAGCCGCGGAAAUGGCGUAAACCACGUCGGAUGGAUAUCGCUCUGAACAAGGAGAGAGCCAGAGCGUUGGGUACAAAGUUUCAGCCGUAUAACUGGACGACUCAGCUUGCUCAGCAGAGCUGAUGUCCUUAAGCGGUAGCUGUGUAGCGAUAUGAUAUGAUUCUCACAGUCGAUAUCAAGUAUAGUCAUCUAUCGUAAAUCAAUGUCCGGUUGCAUCUUCGAGCUGUGUGAAACCAAAAUUUCAAUGUCAC